CCCUGGUCGGACCAUGGAGUUGCUGUUGCUGGCAACCUCCGAUCGAAUCAAUUGAAUUUAAAAGUUAGUUUAAAAAUUCUUGUCGGAUCGAUCGGUCGUUACCGGGUUCCGCGGCGCGUUCUAUCAAUCCCCUUUACGUGCUGUUUUCUAGACUCCUUCCCUACUAAUCCCCGCACUUCCAACCCGCUGGCUACGCAACGACACCUGCAGCAGCCAUUCCUGCAGCAACCUAACCUGAGCCCAGGCGGUUGUGCAAUCGAGGGUAUAUAUAAUCCACCUGAAUAAUGAUCCGAAGCCGAGUCGGGAUGAUGUUUGCGCCAGCUUUAAUCCUCGCCACCUGCCUGCUGAUCCCUGUCCAAGGAACGCUACUGGAGUGGGACUUUGCCGUCACACUGAGGACAAAGAUCCAGUUCAUGGACAGUUCGUGGCAGACGAUAGCCACCGCUGCCCACGAGUUUGACGAGCUGUCUGCCUUAACUUUUGACGAGUCCGAGGAGCUGAUCUACUUUAAUGACCUGAAGCACCAGAAUGGCAGCAUAUUCUCCCUGAAAAGAGACUUCCUCGCUGCCUCCCACGUUGCGGAGCAGACGAUUGCACGCACUGGGAAUGAAUCUGUGGCCGGAUUGGCCUACGAUCCGCUGACCAUGAACCUCUUCUGGUCGGACACCCAGCAAAGGAAGAUCUUCUUUGCGCCCAUCCACGGAUCGGCGCCACCAAAGGUCCUGGUAGAUCUAAGCGCGGAGGGUGGACGACCGGAUGGCGUGGCCGUAGAUGUGUGCCGCCGGAAGCUGUACUGGACCAACUCGAACAUCACGCAUCCCACCGUGGAACGCAUUAAUCUGGAUGGCAGCAAUCGAACCGUGAUCAUCAAUACCGCCAUCGACAUGCCAAGGGGUAUUGUGGUGGACCAGCUGUCGGAUCGUCUCUUUUGGAUCGACGACCUCAAGGGUGUGUUCUUUGCGGUGGAAAGCUCCAAAUUGGACGGCACGGAUCGCCAGGUUGUGCUGAAGGACAAGCACCACGAACCCCUUAAUCUGGCAGUGACCAACAAUGCCAUUUACUGGACAGAUCGGACCACAAGGGCGGUUUGGAGUCACCCAAAAGUGCCGGUGAUCAAGGUCACCACUACUUCCAAGCCGGAGGAGCAGGAGGACUCCACAGAUCCCACGGACUUUAAGCCCGAAAGUGAUCCGGAGCCGGCGGCGGAGGAUUGCCCACUGGUGCGCGUAGCUAACCUAAGCGAGGAGGCCCGAGGAAUCGUGGCGCGAACAGGUUUCUACCAGAGACUCCAGAAGGACCACCACUGCGCCAGCAUAGUGCGCAAGGUGAAGGAACGAUUGGAUGAGCAGAGCAGGAAGAUGGUAAUUCGCAACCUGGUGGACCAGAAGAUCAAAAUACUGGAAGACGAGCGCUGCAUGAAUGGAGGCGAAUACAAGGCGAAAACGGAUCUGUGCAUCUGUCCCACUGGUUUCAAGGGAUCCCGUUGCGAGGUUCGCGAGUGCCACAACUACUGUGUCCACGGCACCUGCCAGAUGUCCGAAUUCGCGUACCCCAAGUGCUACUGCCAGCCGGAAUUCACGGGCGAGCGCUGUGAGAUCAGCAAGUGCUCCGGACUGUGCCUUAACGGCGGUCAUUGUCGUGUGUCCAAGGACGAGAAGGAACCGCCCAGCUGUGAGUGCCCAGCUAAGUUUGGAGGAGCCCGCUGCGAGCAGAACUCCACGGAGAUCUGUGCCCUCUUCUGCCGUCUGCUGAAGCACGAACCUAAUACCUAUGUGCCUUUUGGUUGCCAUGACAUCUGCGAGGAACUGGCCCAGACCAACAGCACCAUCUUUGCCAUCCCUCAGUACACGCACUUGGAGGUGUGCCUCACGCCCAAGGUGUGGACCAGCAGUGUGAUCAUCAUCUUGGUCGUGGGCAUCGUGUCUAGCCUACUACUGACCGCUGUAAUUGUCCACGGAAUUCGUCGCUUGUACAAACCGAAGAGACCUCGCAUCAGGAAGACGUUUGUGGUGCGCAAGCAGGCUAGGACCAACUCCGCCGGAGACACGCCACUAACCAACCGGCCACUAGCCACCGAGCAGUGCGAGAUCACGAUAGAGAACUGCUGCAACAUGAACAUUUGCGAAACGCCCUGCUUCGAUCCCAAGCUGGUGGAGCAGUCGCUGUCGAAGUCCGGCUGCAAGGAGGACAAAAAGAUACUCAUCCACAACAUGGAGGAUGAUCUGUACUAGGGCGCGGGAGGCGGAGAUCGACCUGCCUGCCCCCUGCAAACCAAACCUUGUGAUAGUCGUCGUCGUCGAGUGCGGAUUGGUAUUCGAGCUUGAAAAGCUGCUGCCCGCCCGGCCCUCGACCCCGUUAGCCGCCAAGGUGCUCACCCAGGCAACCAGCAACAACUAGAAACCAACAGCCACCAGCACUAUGCAACAAGCAACAUGCAGCACCUGCAACACCUGCAGCAACAGCAACUUAAAAACUGAUGGAGCCUGGGCACUUAAAACUCGCCAAACCAAACCAAACCAUUUACUUAAGCCGAAGCAACAUGUGUACUUAGAAGAUCCUGGGAACGUGCUUCGGUCUCGUUAAUUUAUUCGUAGGAUCAUUUUCAUCCCAGGACUAGGAUUUAUAAUAGCUCAAAGCUCCAUUUAAUUUUUACAAAUUUUGGAUUUUUUUGAAUUUUUAUUUGGUUUUUAUUUUGAAUUCGUCAUGUUGAAAUGAAAGCAAGUCGCGCGACUGACAAUUAGCUUUAAAAAAGGAAUACGCACGGAUACCAACAGCCUGUAGAUCGUAAGCGGACACAUAGACCAUUGUGAUUACUUACCUAAGCUGUUGUAUCUUACCCAUUCAACUGAGUCAUGUUCAAGUUCCUGCUCCCCUUUGUUAUGAAAAAGUGAAACUAAAAAUACAAAUAAAUACCCCCUCCCACUAAUCUUUGCUAAAUCUUGCCUGAUCGGGUGAUCCCUUCCCUUAACUCCCCUCCUUCCCAUCGUGCACUAGUUAAGAAAAGUCAAAAAAAAUAACCCAAAAAAAAAAACUCCCAGAAAGAUCGAGAGUUGUACAUAUUAAUGCAUAGUUUAAUUUUAGUCGUAGUCCUUAAGAAAAGGGUUGAAUAAAGAAAAACUACAUGCAGUUGUAAA